AUGGUGACAAUUGUAGCUGACCAUAAAUUUAUACUGUACCUGGGUGCUGUACAUCAUCCCGAUGCCGGAAAGGGUUUAGCUCAGAGUGGCCAGUGCGUCACCAAAAAUGAUGCUGCACCGAAUUCCAAAAAGUGUAUCAAUAACCCCACAUUCCGAGGAUUCAGCAAGUCUUCUGCGGCGGCUCAACCAACCCUACAAACCCAACGUCAACUCACACCCGAUAACCAAAUCAGAGCGGUGUCCUCAAAAGCAGCAGUCAUGUCUACUACCGUGGAGAAGGUGUGUUUUUCUCCUUCAUGUUUCAAUGGAAGUUUGCUAAUGCCCCGCCACAGAUCAAGGCCAUCGAGGAAGAGGUACCGGCCCCCCCUUCUGAAGCCUGCAAUAUAUCGACUCGCAUAUUUUGGAAACGACGAAUUAUAAGAAGUACACAGAGUAGAUGGAUGAAUGCUAAUAUAUCUCAGAUGGCCAAAACCCAAAAGAAUAAAGCGACAUCCUUCCAUCUUGGUCAACUCAAAGCGAAACUUGCGAAGCUGAAAAGAGAACUCUUGACACCUGCAAGUAGUGGUGGUGGGGGAGGAUCGGGAUUCGAUGUUGCUAGGACUGGUGUGGCAAGUGUUGGCUUUAUAGGAUUUCCUUCAGUGGGGAAGAGUACGCUGAUGAGCAAGCUCACUGGACAACACUCUGAAGCCGCGGCAUACGAGUUUACGACAUUAACAACAGUGCCUGGGCAAGUGCUUGUCAAUGGGGCCAAAAUUCAAAUGCUGGAUUUACCAGGUAUCAUCCAGGGAGCAAAGGACGGAAAGGGAAGAGGUCGACAAGUUAUUGCCGUUGCGAAAACUUGCCAUCUUAUAUUUAUCGUUCUCGACGUCAACAAACCACUCACAGAUAAGAAAAUUAUCGAAGCAGAGUUGGAAGGGUUUGGGAUUCGGAUAAACAAGUCUCCCCCAAAUAUUGUUUUCAAAAAGAAGGACAAAGGCGGUAUCGCUAUCACCAAUACUGUACCUCUGUCUCAUAUCGACCAUGACGAAAUCAAGGCUGUGAUGGGCGAGUACAAGAUAUCUUCAGCCGACAUUGCCAUUCGUUGCGAUGCCACAAUUGACGAUCUCAUUGACGUUCUGGAGGCGAAAAGCAGAAGCUACAUUCCAGUCAUCUACGCACUCAACAAAAUAGACGCCAUUUCGAUAGAGGAACUAGACUUGCUGUACAGAAUUCCGAACGCAUGCCCAAUCUCUUCCGAGCAAGGCUGGAACAUUGACGAAUUGCUUGAACAGAUGUAAGUUAUUUCAAAAUAUUGCAAUUGUCACAAUUGCGAGUCUUGACCAUGUGUCACGCAACACACCUUACGUUAAGGCCCCUCGUUCUCUGGGCGUCGUGACUAUUACGGUGGUGGAUGUGGGUUUUUGCAUUGGCUAAUAUGUUGUUAGGUGGGAGAGAUUGAAUCUUGUGCGAGUUUACACAAAGCCCAAGGGCAAACUACCCGAUUACACAUCGCCGGUAGUGUUACGGUCCACAAAAUGCACAGUUGAGGAUUUCGUAAGUAGUGACACCUGUCUCUGAACACCUUGUGCCUUGUUACUAUUCUGAUGGAGAUGGCCCUUAGUGUAAUGCUAUUCACAAAACAAUUGUGGAUGAUUUCAGGCAAGCCAUCGUUUAUGGAAAAUCUGUGAAACAUCAACCGCAGCGAGUCGGUCUUAGCCACGAGCUUGCAGACGAGGACAUCAGUAAGUUGGGAAGAUGAAAUCGCUAUAUUUGAACUCGAUUCUAAUAUCAAUAAGUUACCAUUGUCAAAAGAUAG